CCUGUGCAUGCUGUUAGCAGGAGACGUUCAUUUUCUCCACAUUUUGGCAGCUGUUCCUGCGACAUAAACAGGAGGAUUUGAUUAUUAAGAGACUGUCUUACAUCCGGUGUAAUUAGAUGGUUAAUGCGAGCGACUGAUGUAAAGCAGAAACCGUUUUAUGAGCUCCUCCUCCUCCUCCCUAAAUGAUAGGGAGGCUUCAACAGCCCAGAGGAAAACAUUGAUUGCUUAAUAGAUCUGCACUUCCUUUUUGCCAAUCAAAUAAACAGCAACUGAUGGCGACCAGUGCCAAGAGACCAUCCCUGCAGGGUCCAGUGCCCCCUCCGCGCAAGAAGACCACCCCCAAACCAGAGCUGACUGAGGAGCAGAAGCAGGAGAUCAGGGAGGCCUUUGAGCUGUUUGACACAGAUGGUUCUGGAUAUAUUGAUGUCAAAGAGCUCAAGGUAGCGAUGAGGGCUCUGGGGUUUGAACCAAAGAAAGAGGAGAUCAAGAAGAUGAUUGGUGAAGUGGAUAAGGAUGGCACGGGGAAGAUCUCCUUUGCAGACUUCCUUGCUGUCAUGACACAAAAAAUGGCAGAGAAAGACUCCAAAGAGGAGAUCCUGAAAGCUUUCCGUCUGUUUGAUGACGACGAGACAGGCAAGAUCUCCUUCAAGAAUCUGAAGAGAGUAGCCAAAGAGCUCGGAGAGAACCUGACAGAUGAGGAGCUGCAGGAAAUGAUCGAUGAAGCAGACAGGGAUGGAGAUGGAGAAGUCAACCAGCAGGAGUUCCUGCGCAUUAUGAAGAAAACCUGCCUGUACUGAAGGAAGAGCGGGACAGGAGGGUUGGUGAUACAGUGUCGAGAGGACCAGUGGUGGUUUGACAUGUAAUGCUGCUCAUAUAUCUAGCUGUAUCUCACAGUUUCCCUUUCCUUAUUACUAUGUCGUGCCAUACAUUCUCACUUAAAAAAAAAAAGUUUGACUGAUACUUACUUACAUGUACAACUUUUGAGCUAUCUUCCACUGAUUUACAUGGUAAUCUACAUUACAUUUGCCAAAAACUUUUAAGAGAAAGCUCUUUCUUGCUUGAAAUGCUGCAUACUUUUAAGACUACAUUGAUAAUAUUAAUGAUAAUAUGCAGGUUACUUCUUGUCAUUGAAACUCUCAGUGCCUGCCUCAAUGCGGUGGCAAACACAGUACAUUCCGAUGAUUUGACUGACGGCACAGCAUGUUUCAUCCAUCUGUAGGAUGCUUGAUUUAUGCUGGCGACUCCCGUGUUUCAUGUCUUUUGUUUUGUAAUGUGAGCAGCUGGUUAACCGCUGAUGACUGGGGAGUGCUGUCUCACCUCAGUGCUACCUGUGGAUUUGUGCCUGUGCCUCUUAAAGGGGUGAUCAUCGCAAUCAGGGAAGCUGCCCAACCUCUCUGACCUGCACUCCUUCCCCACAAGUCUCAUUAUCUUAAAAAUAUAGGUUGAUUGUUGAUGUAUUUUUCUUGUAGCAUUGAGUAUUUAUCCUUCUGUUGUGUAUAUUGACUCUGUAUUCUUGGACGUUUUGUAUGACAUAUAGUGAAUUAAUAAGUAGAUAUACAACAUAUUAGUGUUUAAGAUGCUAAUUAAA